AUGGACUACCAGCCCUCGCAACGACGACUCUCCUCGUCAACAUGCUCUAUUGCGUCGAACUCGUCAUGGGCGUCUCAUGACAAUGACGAGUGCCCUCCGGUGGCGACGUCUCGUCGGUGCUCCGUCCGGUUCUUUACGUAUCAGCACGAGCGCAAACCAAGCACGUCGUCGUCGUCGGCUUCGAGCCGCAGCUGCGAGGGCAUGAGCAAGAAAGAGACGCGCGAGCUAUGGCGCUGCAUGCUGCAUCUCCAGCAGAGGUACGGGUGCUAUAAUUCCACGAGGAUAGACCUGGCGGUGAAUGCCGGCGAGGCGGGAAUCGACCUGAUGCGCAGUUGUGGGCCCGCCACAAUUGAUGCAACGUUCAAUGUUAAACCCCAAACAUCAAUCCACCAGACUCUUGACAUCAAGCAUCAAAAGCCAAGUCUCGAGUCUAGUCGGCUAACACGGGAACCCUCCCUCGGCGCAGCCAACCCUUUCAUCAUCGACACGCUCAACGACUCUCUCAUUGAUCUUCCCGACGAGGGAUGGGAGAUGCUGGACCGCUGCUUGCGAGGCGCCAACAAAGAGCCGCAGACGCAGACGAAACCCAAGUCGCAAAAGAAGCCCUGGCGUCGGACUCGAGUCGGCAUUUCCGUCCACCAGACGUCAUGA